CAAACACAAAAGCCUAUAACAAUAUAAUUAGGCCAAAUGGUUAUAAGUAGUGCGGAGGCUUGAAUCUGCAGUGUCCGGAUAAGCAGUCAACAAAGAAAUAUUUUCAGCUCAUAAACCUCUAAAGAACUACUGGAAUGAAGUGCAUCAUAACAUGCCUGUUCCUGACGGGCCUUCUAGCAUCCGUUUGGGGACAAUGUCAACCACCACCAGAAAUAGAAAAUGCUCAGCUACAGCAAUUAUAUAUUAUGCCAAGCUAUCCUAACUUGGCAAAAGUGUUUUACAGCUGCAACACAGGAUAUCAGAAACAUGGAGGAUCUGAUUCUAUAGUCUGCAGGACGUCUGUAUGGGAAAAGCCUAGCCUGGUCUGCAGACGCAAAAACUGUGGCCCUCUUACAAAUAUUGCAAAUGGCUACUAUGAAGUUAUUGAUACUUUAUUCCAAUCUAAAGCCACAUAUUAUUGCAACAGAGGGUUCAGACUAGUUGGAAAUAAUCAACUGACAUGCACAGCUACAGGCUGGAAGCCCAAAGUUCCUUACUGUGAGCGUACAGAUUGUGGACCUCUUCCAAACAUUGAAAAUGGCUACCUUGAUUUACCAGAUGCUUCCCUUGAUGCUGUGGCCACUUAUUCCUGCAAUGAUGGGUUCAGCCUGAUCGGAAGCAGCAGAGUGACAUGCACAGCUACUGGCUGGGACUCCGAGGCUCCUACCUGUCAGCGCAUAGUGUGUGAGUCUCCUAAAAACAUUCCAAAUGGCUAUCUUGAAUUUGCUAGUAUUGGACUUGGAUCUGUGGCCACAUAUUACUGCAACAGGGGAUUCAAAAUGUUUGGAAGCAAUGAAAGAAGAUGCACACUUACUGGCUGGGAUACUGCUGCUCCAACCUGUGAACGUAUUUUUUGCACCCCUCCUCCUGCAGUGAAAGAUGUGACGGUUGUAGGAUUCCCACAGUCAAUGUAUGUAUACAAUGAUUCAAUUAUAUAUGAAUGUUCUUAUGGGCUUUAUCUCGAAGGAGAAAAGAUUAUACAGUGCAUUGGAAAUAACACAUGGAGUGCAAAUCCUCCCCAGUGUGUGGCAAAAUUUUGCCCAGCCAAUCUUCCAAGGAUUCCUAAUGCAUUCUAUGUACCACGUGAAUCAUAUCCUGUAGGAUUAGUCGUUUUUUAUAAAUGUAACACUGGUUUCAGGUUAGAGUCUUCUGCUUUACCUAGCUAUACAAGCUGCAUGGAGGAUCUCACCUGGUCUCCGUUUCAUAUCCACUGCAUAAGAACCUCCUGUGGUUUGCCUCCAGCAAUGGUCAAUGGAUAUUAUACUACAUCAUCAGAUUACGACAUUGGGUCUACGGCACAUUAUUUCUGUAGUACUGGAUACAGGCUAGUUGGAAGAAAUUCCAUUGAGUGCAGGACCAUUGGUUGGGACUCUCCAGCUCCAACAUGUGAACGUGUAACUUGCCAAAGCCCUGAAAUAAUAAAUGCUAUAGAGUUGGCUUCAAGACGAAGAUACUCUGUUUGGGAAUCUGUUACACUUGAAUGUAGACCUGGAUUCACAUUAAAAGGCAACAAAAGGAUUACAUGUAAUGAAUUGGGAAAUUGGCAACCUGAAGGAGUGGCUUGCAUUAAAACUCAUGAGGAACCAUCUGAUGACAGUCAGGCUGCACUUUGUGAAACUGUAAAACAGAGGAAGGAAUUUUACCAGUGUGGCAUGAACCAAUCCGAGUGGAAAUCUUUUCUGGAAAUAGAAAAAAUGUUUUUAGAAGUGCGCAAACUGCAAAUGGAAAUUCAAGGCUUAGAGAAAAACACUGUUGAUGAAAUCUUAGAUCUGAUCCUAAAAAAUUUAAAGGAAUCAAGGGAAUCAUGAAGUCCGGUUAUGUACAUCCAUGUUCUUAAAUAAAAUUAUAAGUCCUCUAAAAAAUUCACUGAAAUAAAUAUAACAAGAAUCAGGAUAUAGCUGAAUGUAUUUCUGUCCAUGUUUUCCUGAGUGAUGUAAUCUGUUACUUGUCUGUACAUUAUUAAAGCGUACAUAUUAUGGUA